GUUGAACGCUCACAUACAGUGUUCGUGUCCGUAUACACGCACCAUAUAAGUUACAAUAAUCACAAUAAUAACAUAAGAAUAAACGGAUUUUUUUUGUUUCUAAACGAUUUUUUUUUGUGUACAUUUUCUGGUCAUGUCUUUCAUGCAGGACAUCGUUUCCAAAUUUAAUCAACAGGCUGACAGCCAUUCGAAAUCACAGACACUGAACCCGUUUUCCGAUCAGUUCAAACAGUCGCGGUCACCGUCACCUCGGUUUUCCCAAGAAGAGUACGGGAAGUGAGUAACUAGAUUAUAAUAGUAUAAUAAAUAGUGUAGAAAUUUAUGAAAAAAAAAAAAAAUGGUCUUAAAAUAUACCUAGGCCCGUAGCGGGAAGUAAAACGGAUUUGAGGGGGCGAAAAGCCAAGACACACAUUUGCCGGGAAAUUUUGGAACUGUGCACCGUUAUCCACGACGUGGGCACUUACAAAGCGCAAAAGCGUAUACCCAAUGACGACGAUGACGACGACGAUAUCGAGGAUGACGGUACGAUCAUCGUCAGUUUUGGUGAACUUUUUCAAGUGAGUUUGAUUUUUUUUUUAGAAUUGCAAAGAAACACAUUCUAGGUCAUCCAUUGAUGAAGUUCAUCUGUUCAGUUGCACGGGGUGAUUUUAAAUUUUAUUGGGAGAAAAUCAAAACGGACGUAAUACAAAAAUACUAGGUUGAGCAAGUUAACAAAUAAAAUAAUAACUUAGUAACUUAGUUAAGUAAAGUUAAUUUGAACAUCCAAUAAACGUAUUAAGUCAAUUAAAGUUUUGUUUUGAAAUAUUUGUGUUUUUACAAUUUUACCGUAAAAAUGAUUUAAUAAAAUAUAGAGUUUGUGUUUUGCUGAAAAUAAAUAUGAUCAAUAAGAUAUUAAAUACAGGAGGUUAUAAGUGGAGCAUAUUUUUAGUACACCCACCCCCUCCCUCCAAAAUAAAAAAAAUUAGGACAAAACAACGAGUUUUCGAAAAAAAAUUAUUAUUAUUAAUUUCACGACAGUAUAUAUAUUAUAAAUUUUAUACGUCGAAAUAUAAAAUAAACAUAAAUUAAAACUUACUUAACUUGGUAUGUAUAUUAUAAUUCAGAAUUAAAUCGUUAUUCAUCAAGUUCAUCCAAAAACAAACGGAUAUAAUUUGCAUGAUAAGCGGGCGACGGGUGUUGUAGGUCAAAAUUUGGGAAAGUAGAGGGAAAAUUGAAUGUAUAUCUGUAAGCUACGAUCAACCAUUGCUAACGAAAAAACGAUUCUGAGUGGAGUUCAGUUGAUAGGGUUAAGUUAGAUUAGGUUAGGUUAGGUAAGGUUUGGUUAGGUUUAGUUAGGUGUUUUGAAAGGGCGUAAUAUUUACGAAUUGAAAAUAAUACAUUUCGUAAAUUUUCCGGGUUUUCCUAAAUUUUUUUUGUUCCUCAUUUAUUAUAAAAACUCAUUGGAAAAUCAUAAAAUAACCUGCUUAAAGUACCACCUUAGUCAGAUUUCCUUUUAAAAAAGGACUAUACUUGAAAAUCGUACUAAAAUUGUUGAUAGAAGAGUUGUUCAAAGAAAAAAAAAUAAACGUAAUUGUAAAAUCAAGACAUUCCUCGCUUGACUUUGAAUCUAAAAAUAAAAUAAGUUAAGUUAAGAGUGAAUUUGUAAAAAUAUAUUAUAUUUGUUCAUUUCAGAUUUACACGAAGAUAUCGGACAAGGUGGUAGGUCUGUUAAUUGCGGCCAAACGCCGGGGUUUUGUGUACUUUGAUCGUGAAAUACUGUUCCAAGUGAGUUUAUUGCAUGAUGCCCGCACAAUUCGCGGAACGAAUAAUCACAGAACCUAUCCCAAUUCAGCUUAAGUGGUAAUAAGUACAGAAAUACGUGGCCCGUAGUCGUUUUUUAUUGAUUAGAAGCAGUGGCGGCCUGGCCAAGUUAGCAAGACGAAGAUCGUCGACUGGGCCUUUCUUUAAUGAGGCCCCCUUGAAUAUUAUGCCUUUAUUUUCAAUAUUUAAAAAAAAAAAACAUAAAUUAUUAAAACUCUGAAUAAAUAAUAAAAAAAAAUUUAAAUAGUUCAAAACUAUAAAAUUAUAUAGGUACAUUUUAUUAAAACAUAGAGUAUAAAUAAUUUCCACAAUACUUAAAAUAAAAUCUUAUUUAACUAAUAUAAUUAACCAGCUUUAAAAGUGUAAAAUAAAUAAAUACUAUAAAUAAAUACUUAAUAUUUCAAUGAUGUCGAUUAAAGAAGGACCCAUUGGCGCAAUUUAGGUAUUAAGUUUUGGCCGACAGGGGGCUAAUAUAAUGUGUAUUUGUCUAAUUUAGCUCUCCUUAGUGCGUAAACAUUUUUUGUUUUUUAACUAGGAAGACUUUUAGUGGGUUUGGCCACGUAUCUCCAUAAUUUUAUCUAUCUAUGCAGGGACUCUAUUAUUUGUUCAGCCGAAGAAUUAAUGAGUAACCAAGCAGCUACUGACUAGGACCUUUAGUUCUAUUAUAGACGAGUUUUAUAGAUUUACAUUUACGACACUACCUAUAACUCUCUCGGAACAUUAUUGGGUUUGGACCACGCGGUACUCGCGUGUUGUGGUGCAGCACUAUACGUAUAUAUAUAUAUAAUUGUAUUAUUAUUAAAUUUGUGAAUGAAAAGCGAAUGGAUCGUAAAUUCACCAAAACGGCCGUGUCCACCUUGAAUACAGAAAUAGAUCGAUGGUCGCCGCCGAUUAAGCUCCGCGGAGAGUCUCUCUCAGUUUGGCGAACCGCCAUCGCCGGAAUUCCUCAACGUACAACAAAAUAAAGACGGAUUCCGUAUAUACCUAUACGCCUAACUUGUAGACCCAAUGUCAGUCCUCACCACGGUGUAAUCGUUAACGAAUUUAUUAUACGCAUACCAAAAUAUCGUAGACGCGAUAAAUGACUUCACGAUUCCGACCUACAUAAGUUACAUUUUCGGGGGUUUUUUUUUUUUAUCUAGACACACAUCCAUUUUUUUAUUGUUCGGAGUGUUCGCAGUGAUAUGAUACUCACCUAAAUGUCCGGAACGAGCGUCCGGACAUGUUUUGGCAACGUUUUUUUUUUUGUAAAAUUAUUAUAAGGUUUGCCGAAGCUACGCACAUACGAUAUUUAUUCUUAUUAUUAUUUUAUUUUUUUAUUUUUUUCAUCCGUCCCUUCUGUCGUUAUGUACUGUGUACGUAGGUAGGUGAAAAAACCCUUUUCUUUUUUUUGACAAAGUUCAUCAAUCGGGCGCGUGCCAGGAAUGCGUAGCAACAUUUGGCUUUAGGCCCGAAUUAAAAACGAAAAAAACCGCAUAGCUAAUGAUAAAUAUAUAUUAUAUUGUAAUACAUAUUUUUUAUUUUUAUUUUUAUUUCCGUUAACCGAGAAAUUGCUAAACAAAUGAUUCGCGGGUAAAUGCCAAUUCUGUUUUUUUUCUUCUACUUUUCGUAUGACUCACCGUUACCGUCACCGCACGUCUCCCAUUGUGUUUAUUCACGGUUAUUUCGUAAUCUCGCACGGCUAAUAAAAUAUUAUUACUAGAAAAAUACCAUUUUAAGUCUAUGAUUACAGUUAAUAAUUUCACUUGUAGUAUCACGCGAUAAUUACGUUAUAAUAAUAUUAUAAUAUGACGACGUAUAUUUUAUCAACAACAAAAUAGUUCCUAUAUGAUGCGCACUUUGUACAUAGAAAGAAAUUUGUUCCGUCAUUAGAGGCGAAUUUUCCACCCCGUUUACUUAUCGCCAUUAAAAUAUUUCACUUUUGUCCAAAAUAAUUGAUCUAAAUCAGGUAUUUUCUGUGAAAAUAUGAAAUUUGAGCAUACGAAUUGUUGAAGGGGAGGUUACAAUUUGAAACCUCCAAAAGACGUAUACUUGAUACUUACAUUAUGCAUAUAGAAAAUUGCUUUUCUUUGGCGUCGUUUGGUCCUUAAUGGUGUAAAAGUUAAAAACCUCCCCUUGCAACAAUAUGGCGAAGUUCAUAUUGAAACUUAACUUAAAUUACAUCAUUUGAGUUCACUUAUAAAAAUACUGGUUUUCUCAAGUUCGCGCUCAAAUAAUCAAGAAGAAAGUCGUUAAAAGUGUCCAAAAGUAGCGAGAAAAUGUGUAUAUAUAUAUAUAUUUAAUAGAUACAACGCAAUACGAUAAUAUCUCUACUUUUGGGGAAAAUUGGACAAAAAUGAGGGGAAAAAAUACGGACAUAUUUAGCACGAUAGGUGAGCCACUGUUAUGAGAAAAUGAGAGGGAAAUUUAUUGUAUAUUUGUACGCACGCAAUAAUUGACCGUUGCUAAUGAAAAAUGAUUCUGAGCAGAGUUCGGUUACACGUGUUUUGAAAGGUUGUAAUAUUUACGAUUUAAAAAUAAUAUAUUUCGUACAUUUUCCCAUUUUUCCUAUGUUUUUUGAUUUUUCCCAUUUAUUAUGAACACCUCUGAGAAAAUCAAAAAUGACUUCCAUAAGGUACCACUCUAGUCAAAUUUCCUUUCAACAAAAGUGCUACUUCUGAUGUUACAUAAAAAGUAACCUGUGGGGGCAAAGCCCCCACACCAAUAUGUAUUCACUUAAAAAUAUAAAACAUAUAAAAAAAAAAAACCAAUAUCUAUUUACUCAAAUUUAAUUUUUUAUUUUUUUCAAUGAAUAUUCUUAAUAUUUCAUUAAUUUUAAUCCCAAUAUCUUUUUCAAUAUGAUGUAUUGAUAAAUUAAUAAACCGAUCUUGAUUCAUCGUGGAACGUAAAUAUGUGUUUAUAUAAUUUUUAUGAUUGUCUAUUGUUUCAACGAGAUCUACUGCGACAGAUAAGGAGUUUAAAGAUACGUGGUUAGCAGAAUUUAAAAACACGUUAUUGUUAUAGAAAACAUACAGCAGCACAUAGAAAACGUAUAUUACCUAUGUCGAUCAGUUGAUCGGGUUCUUAUUUAUCAAUAUGAUGUUAGGCCUAUCUUGGUAAUAUUGAAACCUUUUACUUGUAAACGUAAACUAGUACCAACAUAAAUCGUUUCAAACAAAUACAGGUAUACAGCUAAUGAUAUUUAGAAUUUAAAAUAUUUAUCAUAGGUAAUAUAAAAUAAUUAUACACUUUGGAUAAAAAUUAAAUAAUUAAAUUUUUUUCCAAAAAAGAUAAGGAUUACGGUUGAAUUUUAAAAGCUUUAUUAAUAUUUUAGGAAACAAUUGAAUAAUUUAUUUUUGGCUAUUAAAAGUUUUGGGGGUUUAGCCCUACAAUCUCCCCCUAGUUGUGCUUACGGGAGCAAAAUGUCUAGUAUAGAAAAGUUGUUCACAAAAAAAAAAAAUAAACAUAAUUUUAAAAUCAAUACAUUCCUUAUUCCGAAUGUUAGGUUAGGUUAGGUUGGGUUAAAAAUUUAAAAAUAAAUAACACACUCGAAAUAAUUGUCGAUGAUUUCAGAGAAGAGAUGAUGAUGUACUGAUCGCUCUGCUUAAACCCAUUUCUGAGAUCAAUAAGAUACUGAAAGAGGACAUAAAUCAGACGAACGGGGUGGUGCCGGUCGUGGUAAAUACGGAGUCCAAACCGGUAGAGGAAAAAAAGAAAUCCAGUAAGACAAAACGGUCCAAAUCUCAGACGGCCGGGCACGACGAUCCAAUUGCCGAAGGUGGUGUUGAGGUGCUGGCGUUGAACAGUGGCGGUGAUCGAGUGGUCUCAGAGUCCAACUGUGUUAUCGAUGGUAUUGAUGAGCACGUGGUUAUUGGUGCAAACAUAAUCGGUGUGCCGGAAAGAAUCGUCACGGAAGAUGUCGACGGGACGACGGUGAACCUAGGCCCGGAUAUUCAUUCCAACGACGAGGCAGUGACUACGGAGCCCGACAUGAUUGAACGUGUGGUGGAAGUGACGGAGUACAAAGUCAACGGCUUCGGUGACGAUUUUGAAGUUCUGACCGAAGACUUGCGAAACGACGAGGAUGAUGGUUCCGGUGUCGUGAUGACGGAAACGGACGAGGACCGUGUGACAGAAACUACGACAGUAGGAUCAACAGAAUUCACUGCGGAUAACGACAUCGAAAAGACAAUGAAUUUGAACGGAAAUUGUUAGAUCAAAACGAGAACAAUUAUUAUAAACGUGCUUCUCGUAUUUCCUGACAGUUUAUUAUAAUAUUCCAUAAAAAUAAGUUUAAUUAAUGUUUUAAGGUUAAAUUAUAACAUCCGAGGACACUAUGCCUAUUAUCGAAGUAUAAAAAAUGAUCUUUCCAAUGAUUAUUUUAAUUUAUAAUACUUACGUAUACUUUUUAAUUAUUGUCUAAGCUCGAAUGAUAUUACGUAAGUAUUCUUUGAUAAUUCGGGUUUUAAAAAAUAAUAUUAUUUAUAAUUUAAUGUUGCAUACGGUGUAUUUUUUCUUCCUAUAAUAUAACAUUAUCGUAAGAUAUUUUGGAAAUUUUGUGCUUUGCUUACAUAUUAUACUUAUCGUCACGUGAUUAGUCAUUGAGUAAAUUAUUAUUGUUUUUAAGUAAUUGUAAGUAUAAUAUUUUGGUUGUGAUAACAAUAAUUAUCUACGCAUUACGCAUUUCAUCACGUUUUAUGAAUGGAUUUAUUUUUCUCAUACAUACUACGUUUGUUUAUUAAAUAAAAUAAUUAUGUAUACAUAUCGAAUAUAUGUGACCACUUGCCCAUAUUUAUAAAAUGUAACGUUAUUUAAUCAUGUGCAGAUCGAGUAUUGGUUUUACUAUAAUAUGUCAUUAUAGGUUGCAGUAAGUACUUAUAAGUACUUUAAAAAAAAAAAAUCCAGAGUUUUAAAUUCAAAUUUUGACGAAAAUCGUAAAAGUGAUGAUAGGUAUUUUAAAACAUAGUUAAUUAUUCUUCGCUCUGAAUCGCUUAUCGUUAUCCAUGGUUAGGUUAGGUUUGUAGAGUUUAGUUUAGUUACAGUUUACAGGAGUACUGUUUUAAUUUAUCCUAAUUUUUUAACUUUCCAUCUACGUAUAAAACAGUAGCAUACUUAUCAGCAAUAUCAGCUAUUUUUUUGUGGUAUUUUAAUAAUUCAAAUUAUUUUAAAACAAAUACUAAUUAUAUUAUAAUAAUAUUUAUUCCUCUAUAAGUAUUUGUUACGAUGCAUCAUAUAAACGAAUGUUCUAG